CUUUAAACUGAUAGUGGUAGUGGAAAAAAUAAAUAAAUAAAAAAUAAAAAUCCAAACAAUUAACAAAAAACCGUAGCUCUAUAGAAAGCGCGAAGUUAGAACCCUAACGAGCCUCCAGCAUUGUUGCGCUCAUUUCCCUCCUCUCAGAUUCACAGGCCCUCGAAGAAGAAGAUAAAAUGAAGGUUAUAGCUGCAUAUUUGCUCGCUGUUUUGGCAGGGAACACCAGCCCUUCAGCUGAUGAUUUGAAGGACAUUCUUGGAUCCGUUGGAGCUGAAGCUGAUGAUGAUAAGAUCGAGCUGCUCUUGUCCGAAGUCAAGGGUAAAGAUAUUACUGAACUAAUUGCAUCUGGAAGAGAGAAAUUGGCAUCCGUGCCUUCUGGUGGUGGUGGUGCUGUUGCAUUUGCAGCAACAGGUGGUGGUGCUGCUGCUCCUGCUCCUGCUGCAGCGGAGCCUAAGAAAGAGGAAAAAGUGGAAGAGAAAGAGGAGUCAGAUGAUGAUAUGGGCUUCAGUCUCUUUGAUUGAGGAAUUAGGAUAUCAUCUAACGUACCAAGAAUUAGUAGAACUCACCAAAUCUUGUUUCUACAGGCUAUUAUUUGUUUGUUGGUUCUUUUUCAAGACUGGGAAGUUAAUAACUAUGCAAAAAUCUUAUAAACCUAGUAUUCUGUCU